AUGCGAGUUAAAGAAUAUAGGGUAAAGUCGGAUAAAGCGUACCGCCGGGUAAAUCGUACCACCACCGUUUUCAAGAGAAUUAUUUACUACGCGUGGCAUCUCUUGGCAAAAUCCAAAAGCUUUGAGGAUUAUAUUUUUCCCGCCCAAGCUAAUAAUUGCCGCUCACUUCACCCUGUCAGUCAGUUUGAGGUUAAAUUAAGAGCAGUGUUGUUGAUGUUAUUUUUUACUCCGGUUCAUAAGCUUUUUUCUUACAUUUGGAAUUCAAAAAAGAAGAUGAGUAAAGUAAAUAAUAAGAAAAAACAAAACGGGAAUACUGUGGAUGGACCUCAGAAGAUAUGGAUCAUGCAAUUAAUGCAUACAAACAAAACCAAUGUGGUUUUAAUGAAUGCUGCAGGCGCUAUAACAUUCCAAAGCCAACUUUUAUAAGGCAUUUGCGCUUUUUAAAUGAAAAUGUCAAGUCUUUGGGUCGUCACACAACCUUCAGUCCUGAAACUGAAAUGGAAUUGGCAAAACAUAUUUUGAAGCUGGAAGAAAGAUUUUUUGGUGUAACAAUUCGGGAUGUUAGACGAUUGGCUUUCCAAAUAGCU